GGCAGAGCAACACCACCACCAUGAUGGUGCGAUUGACGCCGCUGCGCCUUGUGUGCGCCGCGCUCGUGCUCUGCAUCUUCUUCUUCUCGACCUUGAUGCCACGGCUGUGGCCGGGCGAGCGUGGCUACGACGUGCUCGUCGAGCGGCCCCCUCCCGCCAGUCCCGGAUCUGCCCCAAAGGUGGUGCCUUUCGGCCAGGAAUGCUCGCCCUUUGCCGCCGGCGUCAUGGACGACGUGACCAUCGUGCUCAAGAUUGGCGCCGGCGAGGUCGCCACCAGGCUGCCCGCCUAUCUCAACCGUCUUGGGCGCUGCAAGCAGGACCUGCUCAUCUUCUCCGACCGCAAGGACUCGUACAACGGCUUCGAGAUUGCCGACGCCCUCGCCCACCUGCGCCCCGAGUACCGCUUCGACAACCCAGACUUUGACGUCUACGACCUUAUCCAGACGACAAACACGACGCGCGACAAGAUGCCCGACGGCUGGAGGCUCGACAAGUACAAGUUCCUGCCCAUGAUGGAGUGGACCUCGUACAUGCGGCCCAAGUCGCAGUGGUACGUCUUCCUCGAGCUCGACACGUACGUCAACUACGACAACCUCUAUCGCUUCCUCUCCAACUUCAACCCCCGCACCGCCUACUACUUUGGCUCGCCCGUCUGGCCCAAGAAGAAGGCCACUUUUGCCUACGGCGGCAGUGGCUUUGUGCUGUCGCGCGCUGCCCUCGACAAGAUCAUGGCCCUGGGCAGAAUGUUUGGCGAAAACAAGCACUUCCCAGGCACCCAUUUCUUUGGUGUCGACGUGCAGAAGCAGUGCUGCGGCGACGAGAUGCUAGCACAGGUCCUGAAGAAGAGUGGCGUCCCCCUCCGAGGCUACUGGCCCAUGUUCAACGGCGAAAAGCCCCAUACCAUGCGCUUUGACAAUGAGCAAUGGUGCGAAGCCAUCAUGACCAUGCAUCACCUCAACGAAGACGACUUCACCACCCUCCUCCAAUGGGAAAAGGCGCGAACACACCCAGAACGCCCCCUAAUGUUCGAAGAACUCUUCACCAUGAUCGAGCCGCAUCUCCGCGAACAAUCAAAAGAUUGGUCAAACAUGUCCGAUGACGUCCGAUACAAAAAGGGAAAGACUGCAUCCAAGUCUUUCGAAGACUGCAAAAGGACUUGCAUCAAGGAUGGCCAUUGUCUGCAGUUCCAACACACGGGUACUGAGUGUUUCCUCGGCCACUCCGUUCGCCUAGGCCAACACCAAGACCGCGACGGCGAGCGGCAGUGGACUUCGGGCUGGAUGCUAGACCGUAUCGAGGCUUUUAAGCAGGCGCGCUCACCAUGCCAAGGGGCACGCUUUGUUCAUUCAAAUCCUUGACCGAAGCGAUGAAUAGAGAGGGGAUCUCUUUCUUAUCUUGCUUUUAUGGAGCGAGGUGGGGGGGGAGGGGCGUAAAAAAAAAGGCAAUGAUAGGACGAUGGGGCCAUGGCUUUUUCCGUUUUUCUUUAUCCAUAUACAUAUAUAUGAUUUACGGCAUUGUAUGGCGUUAGAUACCCAGAGGCGUUCUGAUUGGCUUUUGUUAUGCUAUUGUGCUCCGUGUACAUGCGGGAUGAGGGGCUUCGGUAGAGAAAGAUAGGUUAAACUCAAG